GGGAGAUACAGAGGUUGUGUUUGUGUUGAGGUGUGUCACUCACAGGUCUGGAUGCAGAGGAGUAACAUGGCUGCUCACAGCAGCAGGGGCACUAGACUCUACUGGACCCUCCUGAGCCGCUACAGGGCCCGAGGACCGGGUCGGACCAGGACCGAACCGGGCCAACACAGGUGUCUGUCCUCCCUGCCUACGCCACCACCACCGGGCACCUGGAGCUCUGAGCUGUCCCGACAGUCGCAUCGGGAUCUGUACCGGCUCUCGGUCACCGAUCCGGAUCGCUUCUGGGGAUCCGCUGCCGCUGACCGACUCCGCUGGUUCGAACCAUUCCACCGGGUCCGGGACUGCGAACUCAGCAGCGGGAAGAUCAGCUGGUUCCUGGGAGGAAAGCUCAACGUGUCCGUAAACUGUCUGGACGUCCAUGUUGAGAAACACCCAGACCGAGUGGCUCUGAUCUGGGAGCGAGACGAACCUGGCACUGAGGUGAAGGUAACCUACAGAGAGCUGCUGGAGACCACGUGCCGCCUCGCCAACACCCUCAAGAGCCAUGGGAUCCAAAAGGGGGACAGGGUCGCCGUUUACAUGCCAGUGUCACCGCUGGCAGUGGCGGCCAUGUUGGCAUGUGCCCGUAUCGGUGCGGUGCACACUGUCGUGUUUGCUGGGUUCAGCUCAGAGGCUCUGGCAGGGAGGAUCCAGGAUGCUCAGUGUAAAGCCGUGGUCACCUGUAAUGAAGGCGUGAGAGGAGGCCGGCUCAUCGACCUGAAGUCUACCGUGGACGCAGCAGUGAAGAGCUGCCCGACUGUCCGACACGUGUUCGUCUCUCAGAGGACGGAAAACCCGGCGGUGAUGGGAGAGCUGGACGUCCCCCUGGAGGAGGUGAUGUCCUCUCAGUCUCCUGUCUGUCCCGCGGAGCCUCUGGACAGUGAAGAUCUUCUGUUUCUUCUCUACACAUCAGGAAGUACAGGGAAACCUAAAGGCAUCGUCCACACGCAGGCCGGAUACCUGCUGUACACCUCCCUGACACACCAGUACGUCUUUGACUACCAGGACGGCGACGUGUUCGGCUGCGUGGCGGACGUCGGCUGGAUAACGGGACACAGCUACGUGGUGUACGGCCCGCUGUGUAACGGCGCCACCACCGUCCUGUUUGAGAGCACGCCGGUUUACCCGAACCCAGGCAGGUACUGGGAGACGGUCCAGCGUCUGAGGAUCACUCAGUUCUACGGCGCUCCGACGGCUCUGCGUCUGCUGCUGAAGUACGAUGAGAGCUGGGUGAAGAAGUACGACCGCUCGUCUCUGCGGACGCUCGGGUCAGUGGGCGAGCCCAUCAACCAGGAGGCCUGGCACUGGUUCCACGGUGUGGUUGGAGACGGACGAUGUCCUUUGGUCGACACUUGGUGGCAGACAGAGACCGGUGGAGUCUGCAUCGCCCCACGUCCUGCAGAGGAAGGAGCUGCGAUCAUCCCGGCGAUGGCCAUGAGGCCGUUCUUUGGCAUCCAGCCGGUUCUAAUGGGAGAGAAGGGUGAACCUGUCUCAGGUAACUCUGUCAGUGGAGCUCUGUGUAUCAGCCAGCCGUGGCCCGGGAUGGCUCGGAGCAUCUAUGGAGACCACCAGAGGUUCAUCGAGGCGUAUUUCAAACCGUAUCCUGGUUGUUAUUUCACCGGCGACGGGGCGUACCGCUCACAGGACGGUUACUACCAGAUAACCGGACGCAUGGAUGAUGUCAUCAACGUCAGCGGUCAUCGUCUCGGCACGGCGGAGAUCGAGGACGCUCUGGAUGAACAUCCGGCUGUUCCAGAAACAGCUGUGAUUGGAUUCCCACAUGAUAUCAAAGGAGAAGUACCAUUUGCCUUCGUGGUUUUGAAGGAGGACUUUGUUGAUGACCCCCCCGCCGUCCUUCAGCAGCUCAGAGAACUCGUGGCCUCAAAGAUCGCCAAAUAUGCCGUCCCAGAGCACUUCCUGGUGGUGAAGCGGCUGCCAAAGACUCGCUCCGGGAAGAUCAUGAGGCGGAUUCUCAGGAAGGUUGCCAUGGAGACGACCGGCGACCUCGGCGACGUGUCAACUCUGGAUGACCCGUCUGUCAUCAAGGAGAUCAUGGAGGCCCACGAGCGGUACAGGAAGCAGCGAGGAGAGGCAGAGAAGAAGAACAAGAAGCUGUAGGAGGGGGGAGCGACUUCCUGUCUGUCGCCGCCAAGCGGGUCCUCAGGAAACCACAGGACGAGAAGAUGAAGACCAGGACGAGAAGAUGAAGACCAGGCCUCGCACUCAUCACACCUCUAAUGAUUAAACUGAAGAACACUCUGAAGAGGAGGGCUAGCUGUCCCCCCCGUUUCCAGUCUUUAUGUCAAGCUAAGCUAACCGGUUGCUGACAAGCUUCAUAUUUAGCAUUUAGACAAGAGAGUGGAAUCAAUGUGAACAAUGUGUGUGUGUGUGUGUGUGUGUGUGUGUGUGUGUGUUUUAAAACAUGAACCGUCGGAUGAGCUGUGAACGUCUUGUAGUGAACUUUCUAAAACCGUCGCUGCCUCGUGAUGGAAAAGUCUGUGUUUUGAUACUAAAUUCCAAUUUCUGAAUUUUGACGAUCAAUUUGAAAAUUUGGGUUAUGAAAAUAUUUAAUCUGUAAUCAUUUUAAAUUCGAUUUUAGAAUCAAGUGAAAAUUCAACUUUGAAUUCAGAAAUCUUUUUAUUCUUUUUUCCCAUUUGCCUCCACUCUUGAUUAUUUUCAUGGUUUAAACAGAUAAAUAUUUUGUGAACGUGAAGAGAUUUUAUAGAUUUAUAGUUUGGAGCUGAAAUCAUGUAUUAACAGCUAAUCUGAUCAGACUCAUGAAGGUGUCAUAAAUGUGCAGAAAUAAACUUCACUAAUAAACAUGAA